CUAUUUAUAGUGAUUGAGCGUAAUGAAAAUGAAGAAAAUCAAAUUGAUAAUUAUCUGUAUAGAACUCUAAUCUCUGUUUAUUUCAGGGCUGUCCAUGGGAACCCUUCUGAUCGGCACAUCUCUAUACGUUGUGUCAUAUUUCCAUGAGUACCGAGGUGCUGCUACGGGAAUCAAGUAUCUCGGAAUAUCAGUGUCCGGAGUCAUCGGUCCUGUUCUGCUUUCCAUCUUGGCGGCCACAUACGGCUUGCAAGGACUGCUGCUGGUUGUGGGCGGCAUUACAUUGAAUAUAAUACCAUUGGCACUGCUUCUCAGAAAGCCACAGCCUACAAAGCUGCUUCUUCGCUGCCUUACAAGGACAAAUCAAAGCUCAAACACCUCAGAAUCAACGAAACUUAGAGCAUCAGGCUCAGUGACAACUCAAAUUGAAAAUGAACAUGAAGAACCGCAAUUACCUGGAGCCGGAAAGGCAAGCUCUCAACAUGCCGCCUCUUUACCCAAACAAAAUGAAUGUAGUAUGCUACAGGCUUCAAAUUACGAAUCAGUGUUGCCAUCGUCUCAUGCGCCAGCACCAAAAAUUGAACUUGGGUUUCAUACCGAAACGGGAAUCUCGACCCAAGUAUUGGACGUUCUACGCACGCCAAUGUUCUACUUAAUAUUAGUGCCCAUAGUUUUCGCCGAUUUCACCCUGCCGCUAUUUGCUACUACCAUCGUGGACUACGCCACUGACAAAGGCAUUCAUCUUGACAAGGCCGCGUUGCUCGUGACUUGCCUCUGCGUCGGUGGGUUUUGCGGACGCAUAGGAAUUCCCGUUGUGUCGGACAAGGUCAUCAACGGUCGAUGCAUCAUUGCGGCGAUCAGCUUCCUGCUGCUAAGCGUCAGUUUUUUGCUUCUGCCGCAUGUCGACGUUUUUCCCGGCGUAGCCGCAGUCACAUUCGUCGCGGGUCUUCAGCAGGGCUACCUGGCGACCAUCAAAACUGUCUUGGCUGCCGACUACUUGGGUGUGCCGAAGGUAGCUUUGUGUUGGGGCCUUUUUGGGAUAGCCUCGCUGCCGCUCACAUUUUUUGAGCCAUCAAUUGUAGGUGCUUUCCGCGACACAGGAGGAUCGUACGACAACCUGUACCGCCUGUGCGGGGGAAUCGACCUCUUCGCAGCGGUCCUGCUAUUGAUGCAGGCGUGCGUUCACGCUAAACAGAAAGAAGCAUCGCAUGAAGAACGUUGCCAAGUUUAGCAGGAAUAUUGACCGCUCAUGACUUAGGGAACAUUUCCGCCAA